AUGUUUGAGAUGGAUGCUUAUAUGGGGUGUUUACGUCUUAAGGCACCUCAUUCCAUUCAUCGCCUUCAACAUUUACUCGAUCAACACGUUCUCAGCUACCAAUCGUUCGCUUGUCGGGCUUGUGUACCUCCAUCACUGUUCCCUGGUGUACCUAACCCUGCCACAAUGGAUCACAACGUCGAUACUUUGAUAGCAUGCCUCAAGUUUGAUGUCAAUUACGAAGCGCAAGCCAUUCCGCAAAACCAUCAUCCCCAACCCCAAAUCAUUUGCACGCCAAGACUCUCCUCCUCCACUACCACCAUCUCGUUGGAACCACUUUUGGAGCCUGUCCUUGACCACAAGCGCAAAGAAUCGCUCUUUACAACACAAGGUGCCAUGUCGUGUCUUGUUUCACAAGUAUCUUCUGAACCCAUUCUCAUCACCAACUUGCCCAUUAUGCACCUCUGA